CUCAAAAUGUAAUAUUCACGAAGGCGGGAAAGUUAAGAAGAAAUGUCGCUUCUUCGUCCUGGCAUUUGUAAAGCUAUGACAGAAAAUGUUUGUUCUGUUUUGCAUAAUGCCGAAAUACGGACUGUCAUCGAUUUUAUAGUCAAGGAUCCAGAAGAAAUUGCAAGAACUUGUGAUAUCGCCUAUAAAGACCUACUGUCCAUUCGGCGUGUACUGUUGGCCCAGUACUCAGCCUUUUCAGUGACAGCAUCACAGUUGUAUUCCAACUCCCUGUCUUGUCUUGCCAUUCUCAGUACUGGAAUUUCAAGUUUGGAUAAGCUACUUGACGGUGGGCUGUAUACAGCUGAAAUUUGUGAAGUUGUUGGAGAGGUAGCAGUAGGUAAAACACAGAUAUGUUUACACUGUGCAUCAUCAGUUGCCACUGUGCACUCGCAGAAUGUAGUCUACAUUGACACUUGUGGCUCUUUCAGUGCUGAGCGGUUGCUUGAUUUCAUGCCUGAGAUGGAUGACAGUCAUGAGUCACAUCAGAAAGCUAAAGAGAACUUGUCACGAAUACACUGCGUAAGGGCAUCUGAUGUCUUUGCACUUUUUGGUGUUUUGGAUAAUCUGGUAUCAAAUCUGACAACAAAAAUGUCAUUCUUUCAUAGUGUCAAGCUUGUGGUAGUGGACAGUGUGGCUUCAGUCUUUCACCCUGUGCUUGGAGGAAAGCAAAUGGACAGUUUAGCCUUGUUAGAACAGCUGGGUUUGCAGCUUAAACAGUUGGCAGUUGACUUCUGCUUAGCUGUUUUGGUGUCCAACAACAUGACAUCUGGAUUUGAAGGGAAGAAGCAGCCCAGUUUGGGACGACUUUGGUCUCAUGUUCCGCACACUCGAAUUAUUUUAGAACGUGAAACCAAUUCUCUGACCAAGACCUCCCACAGAAAGGCUGUUCUUGUGAAAAGUAUGCGCCAGAAAACAGAGUCAUCAGUCAUAUUUGACCUGGCCUGCAGAGAGAAAGGAUAAAAGUCAUCAACACUGUUUUAAACUGACAGUUUUUGAACUGUUUUUCCUGAUGCUUGACCAAUAAGACUACUGCAGGUUCUGACUUAAGUAAAUUUUGUUUUCUUUGUGGUGCAAAUGCUGCUAGGUUUCCUAGCUGGGGGAAAACCUUAUUUAUCUACCUUAGCACUGCCACUGUCUUAACAAGCCUAAUGUGUUGAGCACAAAUAUUAGCACUUUUCACUUAAAAUGAAAACAAUGCAUAACCCUGCAGACAAUUGAUAGAAGAAGUGCUGAUCGAGCCAUUCUUAAAGAGUUGUAUAGAAGAGAAGGAAAUAUUAAAAAACAAAGGAUUGAG